AUCACAUCGCUGCCGAUAUGCCUGUCACUAAGUUCAACCACCCCGAUCCUUAUAAGUACCAGACGGGCUUCGAUUCGUAUCACGAGUCGGAAGCCGUCGAAGGAGCUCUGCCAGUCGGUCAAAAUUCCCCACAGAAAGCUCCAUAUGGGCUCUACGCCGAGAAGCUCUCGGGUACAGCAUUCACCGCACCCCGUCAUGAGAAUAAGCAGACAUGGGUCUAUCGGAUUCUACCCGCAGCAGCUCAUGAGAACUUCGUCGCGGAAGAUGCCGACUCGUACCAUACGAGAAUGACAACCGAGACCCAGAAGCUUCACCACAUCCCCAACCAGCUGCGAUGGAACCCCUUCGAUCUAGAUGAGAAGGUCGAUUGGGUGCAUGGACUCCACUUGAUUGCAGGAUCUGGAGACCCCACUCAGAAGCAAGGAUUAGGCAUUUUGUUGUAUGCCGCGGGCAAGGACAUGGGCAAGGAAGCUUUCUACUCUGCUGACGGAGACUUCCUUAUUGUACCUCAGCACGGUGUGCUAGACAUCCAGACGGAGCUCGGUCGCAUUAUUGUGCGACCAAAUGAGAUCUGCGUCAUCCCUCGCGGUGUUAGAUACCGAGUGACCCUCCCAGAUGGCCCUGUGCGAGGAUACAUCUGUGAAAUAUACCAGGGCCACUACCAGCUCCCGGAGCUGGGUCCCAUUGGAUCCAACUGCCUGGCAAAUGCACGCGAUUUCCAAGCUCCCGUUGCUGAUUUUGACGACGAAGAAGAGGAGAGCGAGUACAAGCUUUACAGCAAAUUCAACAACACUCUCUUCGCCGCGCGACAGAACCACACCCCCUUCGAUGUCGUCGCCUGGCACGGCAACUACUACCCCUUCAAAUACGAUCUCGGCCGAUUCAAUGUUAUCGGUUCGAUCUCAUUCGACCACCCCGACCCUUCUAUAUUCACCGUGCUGACGGCUCCAUCGGACCACGUUGGUACCGCCGUGGCUGACUUUGUUAUCUUCCCUCCUCGCUGGCUCGUCGCGGAGGGUACUUUCCGCCCACCGUGGUACCACCGUAACACCAUGUCGGAGUUUAUGGGUCUGAUUUCUGGUGACUAUGAUGCAAAGGUUGGUGGUGGUUUCAAGCCUGCUGGUGCGAGUUUGCACAACGCCAUGAGUGCACAUGGUCCCGACUCGGGUGCUUUCGAGGGGGCUAGCAAUGCUGAGCUAAAGCCUCAAAAGGUUGGCGAUGGAAGUAUGGCUUUCAUGUUUGAAAGUGCUCACAUGGUCGGUGUCUCGGAGUGGGGUUUGAAAACCUGUCAAAAGGUGCAGCCAGAAUAUAACGAGCACAGCUGGAAGCCUCUGAAACGGCACUUUGUGAACCCUAACAAAAAGGCCUAG